AUGGAGACGGUGACGCUGCCGGCGGCGUUUCCGGCGGCGUACCGGCGGGUAUACCUGGCUAAAUUUGAGGGCGUGUCGAAUGGAGGCGCGCUGAAGGAGGCGCUGAUUGCCGUGUCCAAGACGUCCGCAGACUCAGAAGAGCGACGGCGCAUGGACUUUGCCUUUGUCGACGCGAGGCUGGUGCUCAGCCGGCGGCAGCUGCUGACGGCGGUCGUGCAGGCGGUUGUAGCUGCGGACCGCCUCUCAACGCGGUCUGAGGCGCCCGUAGGCAUGAAGACGCCGUCGAUCCACUCGGAGAUAUUGUGGACGCUGAACCCGAACAACAAUGUGGCCGAUGCGCUGCGCCAGUUUGGCGUGUCGGCCUCGACCGAGACGCUCAUCCUUGUGCAUGUGGGUGCACUGCCACCGGCUGGCCCGGACCCGGCCGCGCUCGUUCAGCACAUGGACGCGCUUGUGGACGGCACGCUCGUUGCUGGCGUUGAUGCGCCGACGAUGGCGUCGCUGGCGCUCGCGCCCGAUUCGCGCCGAUGGAAGGACGUGGGGAAGACGUACAAGCUGCAGGAUACGAGUGCGUUCCAGCAGCACGAGACGCAGGCCGUGGAAGCGCUCGUGUGCUCUACGGUGGCUACCAAGUAUGUAGGCGCAUAA